UUUGAAAAUUGUAGUUUUAGGAAGUUCUUUGGGCUCAGUAAGUCGCUGACAAAACUACUGAUUGAAGAUUUGGCUCCCUAUGAAACACCAGCAGAUCGGAAUACAAAAAUUCCACUUGCAUUGAAAGUUUUAGUGGCUCUGAAUUUUUAUUGCUCUGGUAGUUACCAAAAACGUCUUGGACAGGAUUUUCUGACAUGCCUAAGCCAAGCUUCGGUGAGCAGGAUUAUUACGCAAAUCAGCCGGCUAAUUGCUGAGAAGCUGCUAAACAAAUAUGUAACAUUUCCUACAACAAUGGCUGAGGUAGAACGAGUGAAGACACGAUUUCAGGAAAAAUACGGAAUUCGGGGAGUAAUUGGCGUUGUGGAUGGAACCCAUAUACGACUGUCUGGGUUAAACCAUCUUACUGCACAUUCCUUCCUGGGUAGAAAAAGAUAUCACUCCCUUAAUGUGAUGAUGGUGUGUGAUGCCGAUUGUUUUAUCACAUCAGUAAAUGCCAACUUUCCAGGGUCUGUACAUGACUCUCAUAUAUGGAGGAUGAGUACACUGAGUACUUACCUUGAGAGGAAAUAUAAUAGUUUUGAAAGUGAAACAUUUUUGUUAGGUAAGUAUUCAUUAAACUUUAAUUUUGGCAUCUUGAAGAACCGUUUUAGAUGCCUUAAUGGCAAGGAGCGGGCUUUAAGAUAUAACCCACAAAAAGCCAGUUAUAUUGUGGUAGCCUGUUGUGUUCUUCAUAAUUUGUGUAUAAUUGCUGAACUACCACGAGAGAAUGAAAAUGAAAAUGACUGUGAAAUUCGAGAUAUCUCAAAUAAUGAGAGAACUGUGGAUUUGAUUAAUGCAGGACGAAUAGUGCAACGCAGAAUUAUUAAUAUGAUGAAUCCUGUCCCAUAAUCUUACAUUUCUUUUGAAAAUAAAUGUUCUGAAAAAUAUUUUUGUAUUUCUCCAUUUAUUAUUGGUGUUUCUCAUUCUUUUAGCUGAGUGAAUUCUCAAAAUUACUUUUAUCCGAACAGUAAAAUUCAUUUUUUUAAUUCAUUGGAAGUAAAUCACUGGAAUAUAUA